UGCUUCCGCUUGCUCUUGGCCUCGCGGGGCCGCUCCGCGGCGCCUCGGGCAGUUGGGAACUGCGCUUGCAGCUGCUGGCUGCGCGGCCGGGCGAGGGGGCGAUGGAGCUGGAGCCCGAGCUGCUGCUGCAGGAGGCCCGGGAGAACGUGGAGGCAGCGCAGAGCUACCGGCGGGAGCUGGGCCAGAGACUGCAGGGGCUGCGGGAGGCGCGGAGGCAGAUCAAAGAGAGUGCAUCACAGACAAGAGAUGUCCUCAAACAACAUUUUAAUGAUUUAAAGGGAACCCUUGGGAAGCUCCUGGAUGAGCGAUUGGUGACCCUUUUGCAAGAGGUGGACACCAUUGAACAAGAGACCAUUAAGCCACUAGAUGACUGCCAGAAGCUUAUAGAGCAUGGAGUUAACACUGCAGAGGACUUAGUCCAAGAAGGUGAAAUCGCCAUUCUUGGUGGUGUAGGAGAACAGAAUGAAAAACUGUGGAGCUUUACCAAAAAGGCCUCACACAUUCAGUUGGACAGCUUACCAGAAGUGCCUUUACUGGUCGAUGUGCCUUGUUUAUCUGCUCAGUUGGAUGACUCAGUUCUUAAUAUAGUGAAAGACCACAUUUUUAAGCAUGGAACGGUAGCAUCUCGCCCACCGGUACAGAUAGAAGAACUAAUAGAGAAACCUGGAGGCAUCAUUGUACGGUGGUGUAAGGUGGAUGACGACUUUACAGCCCAAGAUUACAGGCUCCAGUUCCGUAAAUGUACUUCAAAUCAUUUUGAGGACGCAUAUGUAGGCUCUGAAACUGAAUUCAUAGUAUUGCACAUAGACCCCAAUGUUGAUUAUCAGUUCAGAGUCUGCGCCCGAGGAGAUGGCCGACAGGAGUGGAGUCCUUGGAGCGUCCCCCAGAUAGGUCAUUCCACAUUGGUGCCUCAUGAGUGGACAGCUGGCUUUGAGGGGUACAGUCUGAGCAGUCGAAGAAAUAUAGCACUCCGGAAUGAUUCUGAAUCCUCAGGUGUUCUCUACUCCAGUGCUCCAACCUAUUUCUGUGGGCAGACAUUAACAUUCAGAGUUGAAACUGUGGGACAGCCAGACAGAAGAGACAGUAUAGGAGUGUGUGUAGAAAAACAGAACGGAUAUGACUCUCUGCAGCGAGACCAAGCAGUGUGCAUUAGUACAAAUGGUGCAGUUUUUGUAAAUGGAAAAGAAAUGACUAAUCAGUUGCCCGCCGUUACUUCUGGGUCCACUGUCACAUUUGACAUUGAAGCUGUGACUCUAGGAUCCACCAAUAAUAACGAAGGUGGAAACUUCAAGCUUCGAGUAACUAUUAGCUCAAAUAACAGAGAAGUGGUUUUUGAUUGGUUACUCGAUCAAUCUUGUGGUUCUCUUUACUUUGGAUGCUCAUUUUUCUAUCCUGGAUGGAAAGUGUUGGUGUUCUAGAUUUUUGGAUAAUUGGCUUUGGUUUGCAGGGUUUUAAUGUAGCUAUCCUCAGCCCAAUUUAGUUGUAAUUGUUAAAUAAAAAUUGUUAGAUUCAUCUCUCAUGUUAGUCAUUGGAAAUGGAAAUGUUUACUGGAUUUAUCUUGGAAUAUUUUAGCAAUGAAACUUGAAUAUUGUGGACAAAACCAUAAUGCAGUCAAUUUUAUUUUUAGCAGUGUUAAUUAAAAUAUCACAUCACAAUAAAAAUCAAAUUGGCUUUUAAAAUAUGAGGAUACAGAAAGCCCUAUGCCCUUCCACUGUACUUUUUUUUAAAGUUGGUUAUUUGAACAGAAAAACUUAACAUAAUGUUUUAUUAAAUACUCAUCUUUUAAGGAUCCAAGGCCAUAUAAGACUUUAGUAUACAACAGUAGACCAGAUAGAAGCCAGAGUUUUGUAAUACACAUUCACUUGUGUGCUUUCCACAUGAGUGUUGAAUAUGUUCUCCAUAUUCAGAUAUUUGUAAGCAGUAUUGAAUUUUAUCUCAUGUUCAGUAAUCUUUAAGUACCAAAAGCAUGGUAAUUUUUGCAUUUUAAAAAAAUUACUGAGCAAAUGUCUACAAUAAGCAAAGCAUUUUCUUUUGCUCUUGCAGUUUGAUUCACGAUAGAGGAUUUUUACAGGGUAAAACUACUUAUGGAAGUAGUAUACGCAGCAGUAUUAGCCAUUUCACAUGUAUGGAAUAUGUACAUGUGCAUAUCCAGCUGCAGUGAUAUGCAUGUUACUAUUCAUAUGGUAUGAGCUGCAGUCCAGUUUAGUGUCAGUUUUAUAAACGGUCUUUUAGUGGACCAAAUAUAAGGUAAAUACUUGACCUACUUUUUUUUGAAACUUAAAUUUGUGUAAAAUAUUUAUUUGAAGGACUUACUUAGUAUGUAAAAAUGAUUAUCUUAACUUGCUAUAUAUCAGCUACAGAUUUUUUUGUCUUUUUUUUUUUUUUUCAUUUUUAACAGUGGAAAAGUGGAAAAGCAAGUUUGAUACUUUUGUAAGAUAAUUUAUUUGGGAAUUCAAACUCCCCGUUAGACAAUCAUGACCUUUUUCCCUUGCCUUUUUUAUAUAUAAGUCGUCUUUCACUUGUUUAGUGGUAAGAUAUGCUAGAAUGUAGAUGCCUUGUCCAGCUGUCUGAAACCAAAUAAAAAAACUAAAAGUUAAA